GACAUGGCCGCCUACGAGGACGUGGUCCCCAUCGCCCAGGACGACGGGCCGAACCCGGUCGUGCCCAUCGCCUACCCCGCGGAGUACGCGCGGCUCAUGGGCUUCUUCCGCGCCUUCCUCGCGUCGGGCGAGCGGUCGCCCCGCGUGCUGGACCUCACGGCGGACCUGCUGGAGCACAACGCGGCGCACUACACGGUCUGGCACGUGCGGCGCCAGUGCCUCUUCGCGCUCGCCGACGGCGGCGACGCGACGGUGCUCGGCGACGAGAUGGCCUACUCGUCCGACGUCGCGAGCGGCAACCCGAAGAACUACCAGAUCUGGUACCACCGGCGGGCCCUCGUCGAGAAGCUGGGCGGGGCCUACGCGCGGCCCGAGCUCACGUUCAUCCAGGACAUGCUCGUGGGCGACGCGAAGAACUACCACGCGUGGUCGCACCGGCUCUGGGUCCUGACGACCUACGGCGACUGGGACGGCGAGCUCGCGUUCGUCGAGUCGCUCCACGACGACGACGUCUACAACAACAGCGCCUGGAACCACCGCUACUCCGUCGUCGCGCUCUCGGGCGCCGUCGACGCCGCCGUCUGCCGCCGCGAGGUCGACUACGCGCUCGCGCGCGUGCCGGGCGCCGAGGAGAACGAGUCGUCCUGG